GAGCUGGGCCAGCUGUAGAGCGCGCGGGCGCGUGUACGUGCCCCCCCUCUUCACUGCCCCUGCCCCCACGCGGAGAAAAUCAUUACCAAAUACAGAGCCCGAGCGCCGCACGCGGAGCGAUGGCUGCAGCAGCAGCAGCAGCAGCAGCAGCCUUGGAUUGUGUUUACGACGCAGAGCACGAGAGCGGCACCAACGCUGGAGGAACGGACGCCGCGCGCACCCGAUUUUUAAACGCACAAUCAUUUACGCGCACUGUCUACGAGUGAGCCCGCGAGGCCAGUCGCUACAUCAGUCCGCCCUGACGUCUCCUUGCUCCGCCGCUGUUUUUCCGUCCGUGUCGGUCGUUGUUGUGGAGCGCGGCUGCAGGGACCGCGGGCCGCCUCCGGCCGUGGAUGAGGGGCGCGAGGAGCGAACCGUGAAAACAGGGGGACCGUUCAUCUCCACCGUCACAACAUAACGCACGCGACGCUGUUACUGGAAUCUGGAGCGGCCCAGCAGCACCCCGGUCCCGUCCCCCAUCCAGCGGUGCUGCACUUAACAGGGGGAACCCGAGAGCAUCCCUCCAUCCCUCCCUCCCAGUCGCUCCCUCCCUCUCUUCCUCUCUCUUUCUGCCUCCCUCACCCCAUCAUAUGCCAGAGCUCUAAGGGGGGGUCUCAUCUUGUCAGGGACCAGGGGGGAGGAGGAGGAGGGGAGGCUGUUCGUGGCCGCGGUAGACGCACCCUCCGCGUCGGUGAGGCUGGGCUGAAGCGCCGCUGCGCCGGAGGAUGCUGCGGGAGUAGAGCGGCUCAGAGCGGAAGAUGGGGAAGGACCAGGAACUGCUGCAGGCGGUGAAGACCGAGGACCUGCUCACCGUGCAGAAGCUGCUGCAAAGGCCCCGGCCGGGGAAAGCAAAGCUCCUCGGCUCUGCGAAGAAAGUGAAUGUCAACUUCCAGGACACAGACGGGUUUUCUCCGCUGCACCAUGCAGCACUCAAUGGGAACCUGGAGCUCAUCACUCUGCUGCUGGAGUCACAGGCUGCUGUCGACAUCAGAGAUCAGAAAGGCAUGCGGCCGCUGCACUACGCAGCCUGGCAGGGGAAGGCGGAGCCGAUGAAGAUGCUGCUGAAAUCUGGCUCAUCUGUCAACGGCCAAUCAGAUGAAGGACAGAUUCCUCUCCACCUGGCAGCGCAGCACGGCCACUACGACGUGUCGGAGAUGCUGCUGCAGCACCAGUCCAACCCGUGUAUUGUGGAUAACGCAGGGAAAACCCCUCUGGACCUGGCCUGUGAGUUCGGCAGAGUUGGGGUGGUCCAGUUGUUGUUGUCCAGUAACAUGUGUGCUGCUCUGCUGGAGCCCAAAAAAGGAGACACCACGGACCCCAACGGGACGUCUCCUCUCCACCUGGCUGCCAAGAACGGACACAUAGACAUCAUCAGACUGUUGAUCCAGGCAGGCAUCGACAUCAACAGACAGACCAAAGCUGGCACUGCCCUGCAUGAAGCUGCCCUGUGUGGAAAGACCGAGGCAGUGAGACUCCUGCUGGAGAGUGGCAUCAAUGCCACCGUGAGAAACACCUACAGUCAGACUGCACUGGACAUCGUCUACCAGUUCACUGCAACACAAGCCAGCAGAGAGAUUAAACAGCUGCUGAGGGAUGCAUCAGCAGCCCUUCAGGUUCGGGCUCUGAAGGAUUACUGCAACAACUACGACCUGACCAGCCUCAACAUCAAAGCAGGAGACGUCAUAACGGUUUUGGAGCAGCACCCCGAUGGACGCUGGAAAGGCUGUAUCCAUGACAACCGCACAGGAAACGACCGGGUGGGCUACUUCCCCUCCACUAUGGUCGAGGUCAUCAGCAAACGCACAGGUUUGGCCAGCACAGUCAUUUGCACUCAACAGUUUCAAAAGAUACCGCUGGUUCCUCCGGCGACGGUUGCCCCUGCCAACGCGGUAGUCAACGGCAACGAUACCACGUUCCAUCAGAUCCAUAUCCUGCCUCCACCGCCUCCGCCUCCACCACAUUCCCAUCAGCCACUGCUUCCACUUUUCACUUCCUUUGGCUAUAACAAGUCGCCCGUGACAACCCCACAGGGAGACACACCCACUGCCCCAGGUUGUCGCGGCUCAGAGGCAAGCCCUCACAGCUCUCCCACCCCAUCCAGCGGGCCCCAUGGAGGCUCCAACGAAGAGAUCUGGGUACUGCGCAAACCCGUGGCAGGUGGAGACCGCAGCAGUGUGGGCAGUUCUGGGAGCGUGACCAGUGUGAGGUCAUCAGGCAGCGGUCAGAGCGCCGGCAGUGCACACAUUCUCCAUGCACAGGCUGAGGGGGUAAAGCUUCUCGCCACAGUCUUGUCCCAGUCUGCCAAAGCCAAGGAGCAUCUAAUGGAGCAGUCCAAGUCUGUGGACCAGCCUGCAGGCUCUGCCAGCUCCUCCCGGACAUCGAGCCAAUCGGGCUGUCCGCUCCAUGAAGCGCCGCCUUAUGACGCCACGGCAACCAGGAAGGGGGAGGUGCCAGGCGAGGGGAAGAGCUCAGAGGCCGUUGUCCAAUGGCUGAGCGACUUUCAGCUGCAGGUCUACGCUCCAAACUUCCUGGGCGCUGGGUAUGACUUGCCCACCAUUAGCCGAAUGACCCCGGAGGAUCUGACAGCUAUUGGGAUAACUAAACCAGGUCACAGAAAGAAGAUGACAUCGGAGAUCAACAAGUUAAGUGUCACCGAGUGGCUGCCUGAUCAGAAACCUGCCAGUCUAGGAGAGUGGCUGUCUGCUAUUGGUCUAAGCCAAUACCACCAGGUGUUAGUGCAGAACGGAUAUGAGAAUAUCGAAUUCAUCACCGACAUCACCUGGGAGGACCUGCAGGAAAUAGGCAUCAUCAAACUGGGCCACCAGAAGAAGCUGAUGCUGGCGGUGAAGCGGCUGGCUGAAAUGCAGCGCAGUUCAGAGGGGCGGGGCUCCCUCAGAAAGAAGCCCCCACCAAUCACACAGCAGCAGGAAGUCAUGUCAAUGGAGAGCCCACCUCCAGACGAGGUCAUGUCUCCAAAGAUGAGCACCUUCCAGGACAGCGAGUUGAGCACAGAGCUGCAGAGUGCCAUGACCCAGCCAGGGCAGGAGGUCAGCAAAGCUCAGCGAACACGCACCCUUAGCAAAGACCAUGAUGAGGUGAUGACUGGAGGAGGAGGAGGAGGAGGAGGAGGAGGUGGUGGGCCACCGAAGAAGGAGGCGCGGACUAUGAGGCAGCAGAGCAGCCAGGGCAGCUCCCACAGAGGGAGUGUCUCCUCUCAAGGCAAACACCGUCACUCCCACUCCCACUCCCAUUCCCAGCCUGCACCUCCCUACACGCCCCCUCACACUCCCACCAAGAAUAGAACCUCAUCUUCCUCGUCCACCUCCUCCGUCCAGAGCACAGCAUCUCCACAGACCAAACACAAGCCGUCCCCCCAGUUCAUCCAGGGGGACAGACCUCAGUCGCCGCGCUCCCACCCUCCUCAGUCUCCAACCCACCGUGGAGCCCCGUGUACCCAGCCUCCGCCCCAGCAACAACAGCAGCCACAAGUCCAGCCUCAGCAUCAGGCGCACCCUCAGCACCCCCCACAGACGCAGGUCAUGGAGGUUCGGGAGAGCCAGCAAGCGCAGGUCCCACUCCUCUGCCUCCCACCAGAGGCCGAGCUUGCUGAGGAAGAGGGAGGAGAUCCCUCGGCGCUCCAGAAGAAACGUGCCCACAGCCUCAACAGAUACGCCGUCUCAGAUAGUGAGUGUGACGAGAGGGCUGGUGGGGGUGGAGGGGGCGGAGGUGGAAAUGGAGAAGCAGAGGUAGUGGGAGGUCAGGGCCCUCCCGUCGUCAGAGGAGAAGGUAUUAAAUACGCCACAGUGACCCACCGCGUCAGCCGCAGCCACUCAGUCCGCAACCAGGACAAGACUGUCAACCGCAACCAGACCUUAGCUCUGCGUCAGAAGAAAAAAGGCCCACCUCCUCCGCCACCUAAACGCUCUAGCUCCGCCAUCUCCAGCUCCAACUCCAACCUGGCAGAGGCCAAUGCACAGCAGCCCACGCUCACCACCACAGGGGGGAUGCUGGACGUGCCUUACCACCAACAGCGGCGGGCCAGCGACCUGGGGGUGUGUGUGGAGGCAGUUGCUGUGGAGACGAGCAGUGUUGGUAGUGUGAGGAGCAUCGCCGCCAUGUUGGAGAUGUCUUCUAUAGGGGGUGGAGCUAAGGGCAUGGCCCUGCAGAAGAAUUUCCUGCAGGUGGGGAAAACACGUGAGGCCAUUGGUCUGGAUGGUGAAGUGGUGAACCGACGGCGGACCAUUAGCGGCCCCGUCAGCGAGCUGGUGGCGGCUGCUAGGCGCGAACAGCCAAAUCCCUCUGCCUUCCCUCCCAACUCCACCCAGCCAGAACCUUCCUCACCCCCUGUAAAUUACUCCCCACCCAACCCUCCAUCCUCCCCCCACCCCAGCUCGGGAGGCAGUGGCAGUUCAUCGGAGAACCUACCGUUUGCAGAAGAGGGAAGCUUGACCAUCCGCCGCCAGGGUCGAGGAGAAGGAGAAGGAGAAGGACAGUGUGUAUUUUGUGUAUGUCUGCAGGGUGACGGCGAGGGGCCUCAGGGAGACGCCGGUUACGCACAGGAGGACGUGUCCAGGGUUGAAGCCACAGCGACCUUGAAGCGGCGGCCCCGCAGCUCCAAGCCCCACCCCAACGGCUCCGACUUCACCCUCCAAGAGUCAUCCACCGUCAAACGGCGGCCCAAGAGCCGUGACAAGGAGCCCGACGGCUACGCAGACAUGGCCGCAGCUAACGGAGAGCCCGCGGGGGCCGGGCAGCCAAACACCACGCAGCCAGUCCCCUACCAGAACGGCACGGCCACCGUGAAGCGCCGCCCAGUGUCUGAUGCCGGAGUGACGGAGCAGCCGCAACCUCAACCUCAACCUCAACCUCAACCCCAGCCCCAAUAUCAACCUCAACCUCAACCACAACCACAACCGCAACCACAACCGCAACCGCAAGUGACUGCUGCUCCUCGCAGGGACAGUUUGGACCAAGGUGCUCCAGUGAGCAAUGAAGGAGGUCCGGUGAGAAAACCAAAGCCUCCUGUCUCCCCAAAACCUGCCGUGGCACAGAUAAAGAGACAGGGGGGCCCACAGACCCCCCCACACCCUGUCUCCAACAAGAGAGUCCCCCUGCCUGGUCCUGGGACACCUGGAAGUCCAGUGGAAGGAAAGAAGAUCCCUCCACCUGUCUCGCCCAAACCGGUGCCCCCGCCCACGGCGCCCAAACCGGCCAAACUCAUCCACUCCAUGACCAGCCCUUCCUCCACGACCCCGGCUAGUGCUCCCGCCCCGGUCAAGCAACACUCCAUGGUGGCCCGACAGACCAGCUCACCCCCCAACUUCCCCCCUUCCAACAUCCCGAGCCCGCCAAACGCCAAGCCAGUGAGCCCGUCUUCCCAGAGCCCCCACACCCCGCAGACCCCCACCACACCACAGACGCCCCAGACCCCCGCCACUCCCAGCCCGACCCCGCCACCCGUCAAGCCCCCUCGCUCUUCCAUUGGUGGCGUCUCGGUGGACAGCGGGACGACGGGAGGCGGAGCCACGACGCCGGCCCCAACGACGACAGAUUUCGGUGUGGAUUCUUUGGUGCAUCAGAAACUGGAGGAGACGAGUGCGUCGCUGGCCGCCGCUCUGCAGGCCGUGGAGGACAAGAUACUGCGGCAGGAGGACUCUGUGGCUGAGCAGAAGACCACAGUCAGCAUCCUCGACGACAUCGGCAGCAUGUUCGAUGACCUGGCUGACCAGCUGGACGCCAUGUUGGAGUAAUCAUAGAAACCAGUCAGCCUGUCUCCACAGCAACGCUGCAUCAGGAGUGACUCAGAUGGCACAAUGGGCAAUACGCCUCUCUCUUUCUCUCUCUCUCUCUCUCUCUCUCUCUCUCCUUCUCUUCAUCCCUCUCUCUCUCUGUCGUGCUCAUCUUCUUCUCACUCUUCCCGUCGUCCAUCCACCGCCGCUCUGAAAAAAAAAAAGCCUCUUCUCUCCUCCUCUUCCUCUCAUCCCCUGCCGCCGAUGAUGGAGCAGCGCCACAGAACCUGGACGGACAUGUGGCGGGGAGAGAACAAGACUGAAGAGUGGAUAAAGAGAGAGAGAGACUUAAAGAGGGAGAGGGACCAAAAGCGACUGGAAGUGGAGAGAGCAUUUUAAAAAAAGAUAAACACGCAAGAUAGGAAGGUGGAGAAACGCUACAAAAUGGAGGAGACUGCAAUCAAAACGUGGGUCUUUUCAGAACUCCACAUGGACACUUGAAGCUAUCGCGGCGAACAAAUAAACUAAACUAAUACUGAUUGAAAAACCAACUGUGUUAUGAAUCAUAGUAUGGUAUGUGUACAUUCUAAGCAUGGAGAGUUUAUAUCUACUGAAAAAGUCCUGCAUUAGCACAGUAAUAUAUAAUAUACCGAUAAAUAUGAAUCUCUAGCUCUUUGGUUUGAUGUCUUGGUUCUGUGUGGAAUGGUGACCUCUGGUGUUGUGACGAUGUAAAUGACUCGGUGGAAAGAUUUUUAUCCGUGACCAAAACGAGACUAUAUAAGCUCCUGAGGUGCGUGUGUGCGUGCGCGUGAGACGAGGACGAAGCGUGACAGGUGUGUGUACGUGAGCUCGCCGACUGUCGGAAGUCAAGGAUCGAGAAAAUUUAGUUCUCCCCCUGCCCCGGCUGCAUCCAAACACUCUGCUGCAUCCUCACGAUCACCCCUCAACACACGCACACAAACACACACACUUGGGAGAAGCACAAUGAGCCACGCAGCCAGCUUGCACACACACACACACACACAAACACAGGGAAGCCCGCACAAGAUAAAUUCAGAUGAGUGACGGGGAGGGAGGAGGAAAAAAACGGCAGUGAGGCUACGGCACGUUGUCUGAAAGCAGGCGGUAGGUCUUUAGGGGGGAAAUAAAAAAGUUUGGGAACGUUUUUGGAAAAGGUUUCCAGGAUGUCUUUAUAGAGGUGCGGUGCGAUGGAACGCAGAGUUAGUAGAGCUGCUGAAUUCUUCACGAUACCUGCUGUCGUUUGAGAGGAAAAACAAGGGUGUAGCAGCAGACUUCAGGCUUCCCACACACUCAGAAGAAUGACACGAUUUAAAUUCAGCGACUGAAAAUCAGUUUGUAAUUACAGAAAAAAACUUCUAAUUUAUGAUCUUGGAGAAAUUUCUGCUCCCUGAAUUAAUCUUCAAAUGCAUUAUAAGUAGGGGGUGCAUUGAUCCGGUGUUAACAGAGCAUUUCAAUAUUUACGCAUCUUUGAUCCAAAAUGUAAAAAGUUCAUUUACUUACUUAAAAAUGCAUUCAUUCACAGUCUAGUUUCUUCUGCUCUGUGGAAAAAUCCAUAAUCUAUGAAUAUGCUAAUGUUCUCAUCCUUCAGAUGUCUCCCACUGGACACACUUCUGACUGGAGGGUGCCUUUAAAAUAAAUGUACUAAACUGCGUUGAACUCUGGGAACUGGGAUUUUUUUUAUUUUUUUUUUUCUUGAGACAGCAUGAGGCCCGGGAUUGCUGUGGUGCUAAAACCUCAGCCUGUCAGUCAGCAGCCGACCUUCAGUCAGCAAGCGUUUCAGUGGGGACGUCACGGGAAUUUUACGAUAAAUUUAAAGAAAUAACACCAUUUAAUCUUGACUGGUCACUUCUGUCAACACCUGAUCAGGUUAAUGAGGUCAGAAUCGGCCUCGGUUCCUUCCCAUAUUAAUGUCUGAGUGCCUGUGUGGGAUCCCUGAAUGAUUUUCACCAGGAAAUCCAAACUACAAAAAUGACACCUGGACUGAAGCUUCUUCCCGACACCUCGGUGGACAGCCCUCCUCUUUCAAAGCUCUGUCUAUCUCGUCCGACACUCUUCCAGCCGCCCACCCCGUGUUGCCAUGACAAUCUACAAAAUCACCCCUCUCACCAUCCUCAUUGGUAUCACCUUGGUUACUGCACAGUGUGUUGCCAUGACGGCGCAUUUGUGGACUUAAAAAAAAUAAAUAAAUAAAAAAAACGUGCAAAGAUGGAGCGUGUGGCGGGCAGAUAUCUGUGAAGUUGGAUGGUUUGUUUAAAGGGGCACUCCCGUGAUUUAGUACGGCACUUCGGUAAAGCUGGAUCCUACACUUCCCAUAAUGCAGUAGUGUCUUUCAUUAGACCCGUUCUGCCUCCUGGUAAACACCCAUGUCUUUCAGUGCCCCAUGAACUCAGUUUGUAACGAAGGCUUUCAGUUAUAAAUGUGAACUCUCUGUGCUGAAAUAACCCUUGUGACAUCAUCAUGACAUCAUUAGGGUUAUUGAUGUAUUACUAUUUGAUCCUCCAGGGCCAUAAAGGCCAUUUUAAAGAGUUACCACAAGCAGAGCUCUACUUACCAGGACUAGUAAACUGAUAAAAUUAUCGGCGUGCCCCUUUAAGUUCCUCAACCCGACCAGGAAACCACAUCGUGGUGCGACACAUCCGGUAUUCCAUUUGCACCUCGGUCCACAAAGAAAAUCUAAGUUUCACAGCCCACAGCAGCCACACUCCUUUAUAUAAAUGACUAAGAAUUAAGAGAAUAGUUGUGGUAUUUAAAUUAUGAUCACAUAGAGAUUAUAUAUAUGGAUAUUUGCGGAAAAAAAAAAGAAAAAAAGAAGUGUAUUUAUGAUGUGUGUGUCAUGAUCCUGAAGACUAUUUUUCAAAGUAAACAGAUCUAAUCUGAGUGUUGAAUCAGUUUGCUUCUCCAUGCUUAAGUGGUCUGAGCUGAUGAAUCAUUGUAGGAUACCAUGUUGGGAUAUUUCCAGGAAGCGUUUCUGUUUCUUUUUUUGUUUUGUUUUUAUUUUUGUGUACAUGUGUCCAGGUGUGGCGAUGUGUAUAUUACAAGCAAUUCUCGUUGUUCCGUUUUUAUUGUUUUUUGUAUUAUUUUAAAUGCAAAGUUGAGUUUUUUUUUUGUUUUUUUUUUUCUUUGAAACAUGUGCCUUGCUUUGUGAUUUUGGUCUGACUAAAAUACAGUAGAUGGGUAUGUACUAUAUAUGGGGAUCUCUCUCUUGUCCUGUUUAUAUUUGUUAUUUAAUAUGCCAUCAUGAAAAAGUAUGCUGCCCCCCCACAAACACCAAUAAGAUGCAAUACUCAAAACAUAAAGUCAUUUGACCAUAACCAAACGCAGGUAACCGUGACAUCUUGCUGUAUUGUUACCAACAACCAGUGGUUGAUAUGAACCCAUGGUAUUAAAGGUGCAGUGUGUAGGAUUUUGUGGGAACUAAUCAUGUUUUCAACAGUGUAUAAUCACUUGAAACCUGUUUUGUUUUACUUUGGAAUGAGCCUUUUUUUUUAUCUACAGAGGGAGUGGGCCCUCUUCCACAGGGCCAUGUUGCACCACUGUGUUUCUACAGUAGCCUGAAAGGGACAACCCAAACACUCACUCCAGAGAGGGCCUUUUGCAGUUUUAGCAGCCAACGGAGUUUCUCUAUUAUGCUUUGUUGAUGCCAGGCGCACUAAAUCCUACGCACUGGCCCUUUAACUUGUAUCGUUAAAAACGUCUUCUCCGUCCGGCUGAGCUAUAAUAAACACACAUAUUCUCACAAGACAGCUACAUUUCACACAAAGCAUUCACAUGCUUGCAGGAAUAAACAACAUCAGGGUCUCUCAAGUUAGCUGCUGCCUUCACGUGCUCCUGUGUCACAUUAAAGUUGUAAUUGCGCAACACUUUGGGAAAUGCACUAACUCGCUUUCUGACAGAGAAUCAUAUGAGAAGACGGAUGCAACUCUAAUGUCUACACAGUGAAAAUGAUGCAAACAGCCAGUUAGCUUAGCCUAGCAUAAAGGUUGGAAACAGGGAGAAUGGUAGCCAGCUAACACAGUUAGUUAUAUCUUGUUUAAUCUGAGCAAAAACUGUAAGUGUAAAAUUGACACAAUUUGUAUUUUAUUUAAUAAAGGCGGUUUUAUGUUAGUCUUUGUGCUAAGCUAGUGCCCAGCAGUAGCUUUUAUACAUGCAUCGACACGAGUGUGGUAUCCAUCUUCUCAUCUAGUUUUCUCCAAGAAAGCGGAAAACAUUUCCCAAAAUGUUGAACGACUACUUUGAAAUGUGGUUGUACUAAAACAAGCUUUUCAUUGGUUCUAAUCACCGACUAUUACUGCUGGUCCAGCUUUCACCAGAUGUGGGAUAAAUGUACGUCUGUUUUUGAAUAUUUUUACACCUGGUGUGCCGCUCAGAUAUCAUCAUUGUUUUCAACAGACAGACACCAAAUUGAUGUGAUGUGAAUUUCCAAAUGAUUUUUAAUUUUUUUUUUUUUUUGUAGCACAUGAAUGCAUGGUGACAGCAACUAACCCCACUGUUGAGGUCAGAGGUCAGCUCUUAUUCUCUCACUUGCUUCAGCAGCGCAGUAAAUGCCCCGAUCUCCCCCCUCCUCACGGCUGCAGCUUACGGCUCGAAGUUGCUGCCAUCUAAACUCAGCCCUGCGGUGUUACAGCAGCACUCUGCCUUCUCUCCUCCUUCCUCUGGUCUCAUUUUGGUCAUCUGUCAUGCUGUAGGCGUUACUUUGAAAGUGUGUUUGGGCGUGUGGGGAUCUGGGUCAGGCUACAAAGGUGAAAUACUGCAGAUGGUGAAAAAACAAACAAAAAAAAAACAACAAAAAAACACAGAUGGUCGAAUAUGUUGUGGAGCAAAAGAACUGUUCAUUUUUUUUUUUUCUUGAAAGAAAAAGCCAAGCUGUUUUUAUUUGAUUUCCCGCCUGUGCUUCUCUGAACGGAUACCGGGCUGGUGUCUCCUCUGCUCUGCAGUGACUGUAUGUGAAUGCUCGAGAGAGGCCGCGUGUGUUCUGUGUUGCUCUGCUAUUGACUGUAUGAAACCCGAGCGUGUGGGCAUGUGUGUAUGAGUGUUAGUGUGUGUGUGUGUGAGUGUGUGUGUGUGCGUGCGUGCGUAUGUAUGUGUGUUGUAGUGAGUGGACAGUGGUGUGCUUGCAGUGACUGCAUCUUAUGGCCAUCUGCUCUGAAUAAAUAAAUGUUCUAUACAAACAG